GCAGGUUACUACCUCUGUUGACAGCUGAGGCAGGUCUGAGGGGGGAACAAGCAGUUGCCACUCUUAAAAUGCUUCACGUUUUUAAUGUGACGACCUUCAGACCGUAAACCAGGGAUAUUGUGUUUAAUUUUUCGACCCAAACGUCCUCAAGUCAACAAAGGGAUGAGCCCUAUCAAGAAGAAAGACACUGCCAGUGGCUUGAUCACCUUCCACACACCAUUUCCUGUCAGCCUGUUGAAACCAGAGGAGUGCACGGCAGGUGUGAAGGACGCCACAGGGGCUAGGAAGUGGCCAUCUCAGCCGAGUGUGAUGCCGAGGAGCAGCAGUGGACGUGUAAGAGCAGGGGAAAGGGAUGAAGCCUCGCCCUCUGGAUCACAGCCCGGUGCCAAACAGGACUGGCCCUCUCACACCUCCCUAAGACAACUGCAGACAAAGAUGGAGGCUGAAAAUCAACAGGCAAGAGAGAUAAUCAAACCUUUACUGGACACAGAAAAUGGUUUUGUGAAGGAGUUGGAGAGGUUUCUGAGCCAAAGAGAUGUCACACAGCUGAGGAGGAGGGAGCUGCUGCACAAGCGCUGGACUGAGCGUGUAUGGUUUCCCCUCCAGAGGAGAGUGGAGGAACAUGUGUCCAGCUGUAGCACUUUGGAGGUCAAGAGGCGCCAGAGCUUGUAUAGUCGCUAUCUCCAACACUGCAACACCAAGGGUUUUGUGUUUCUUGAAACUUAUGAUCUAAAGGAGUACAAUCCCUUUCUUCUCAACAUCAAAAAGCCACAAUACUUCAAGCUCAACACAGCUGACUUAAAGGACUCAUUACACCUUCAGUUACAUCAAAGACUGGAGGAAAAGAGAACAGCUCGUUCUUGUGAAGCAGGAUGUAAAUACACAGGGAGACAAGCAAAGAAGCUACCUCACAGUGAUCGUCCUCUCAGUGAGUCUGUGACACCUCAGGCCAGCACACCUCAACAGGCCUCAUCCUCAUCCAGAAAAACUCCAGUGGUGGAUGAGGCUGAAAGAAGGAAGUUCAGCAGGCUUGAUUCGAUACCUUACCACAUAAAUGCAACUGCCACACCAGAUGGAAGGUGCCAUCAGACCAGCUGUUGUUUCUCCACAAGUGGAAGUUUACAGCAACUUCAGUCCUUUCCUACGUUCAAAUAAAAUCCUUGUUUAACACACAUCUUCACCUCGAUUCGCUUUUAACUACCUCAGUUUUCCCAGGUACCCUACUUGAAAGUGUCAGGACUCUGGUAAACAAACAAUGUGUUGAGAAAGUAGUAAAAUCAUUAAGCCACAACAAAGAAAAAUGUUUACUGUAUGUACCUUUUUAUUCACGCCAUUUUCAAGAUUUAAUGGCAGACUUGGUUACACCGCAGGGGUAACCGUUGACAUUACAUUGUACAAUGGUGUGCAACAACGGGCAGGGUGAAUGUAUAAUAGGGUAUGUGAACACGUGUAGGACAGGCUGUAUUCCCUCA